ACGAAGGGCGCCUCUCCUGGAUAUAACACACGUGUAUGCUCAUCCGCAAUGUGUGCACGGUCUUUUCAAAUAAAUGUUCGUCGCAAGUGUCUACAAAUUACUGUUGGAACCUGAUCAAAGGAUUCCCAUGCACGUCGGGCAGAAAAGUUCGCCGUGCCACCAAGCAAUCCUAAAAAACAAGCAGCCUGCCUCAAACCCAAAAAUCUCGGUUGCCCCUCCCCCGUGACAGCCGCCAGCGCUUGCUCGCUUGUUUCUCUGGAAGAGGGGAGAGAACUGCGAAGCUCAAUUCUUCGCCCCCAGGCUUGGCCCCCUACUCCAAGAAAACACUAUCGGGCGCAAAGCGACACUCAAGAGGCAGCCGGCAAAUGGCGUCGCAGGCUCAGCGCCUGCAUUCAACCCUCCCAGAAGCCGCCUUCGCAUUGCAUGAUGGGAACUGUGGUUUCCCACUCCGCCUGCCGCUGAGGCCUGGCGCUUCUCUUCGCACGGCCGCCGCCCCCGCGUUCCAAAGUUGGAUGGAGCUGUCCUUUGACCCCCCCAAGUAGGAUGGAGGCGCCGCCGCCAUUGUGAGGAUGGUUCCACGACUUCGGCUGGCGUUCCGAACGCUUCCCUUCGGCCGCCUCCCCUCAGGCGCAGUCGGGUUUCGCGCUCCUCGGAAGCCCUGGUUUCUACGAGCGCCCCUUGUGGUCGGGGCGGCGCUGCGCUGCGUUAGGAGCCUCAUGGCAGGCCGGGGACCCUCGCCUUCCAGGGCGGAGUGCCAGAGCCUGGGAACCGGGACGGAAGCCGGGGAAGAAACGGGAGAAGAACCGCCUUUCCCUCCAACCAACCAGUUCCUACAACAGACUGGUGAGGAAGGAAACGGAGAGACACUCCCAGGCACUUUGGCCCCAAAGGCGGGGAGAGGAGCAUUGGACCGUCCCACCACUGCCCGGGCCCCGUGUGUCAUAACAGGAAGGGAGCUAGAUGAAAAGCAAAUGGAGGCACGUAAGAAAAAACAAAGAAAAAGACAAAGAAAGGAAUCAGACAGCCUUUAUGGUUCCACUGACUGUUUGCUGAUGGAAAUGCCGUUUGCUGAAGCUGAUAUUGAGGCAGAAUUUAGUACUGCAAACACAGGUAAAGUAAAUAUUAAAAAGAAGAGGAAAAGAACUGAUGGUAAAGAGAGUGAAGAAGACAGCCGAUCAAAGAAGAAAAAGAAGAGUCAAGAUCGGCCAAAUUACUUCAUUUCAGUUCCAAUUACAAAUCCAAAGAUUAUGGAUGGUGUUCAGUCUCUUCAGGAUACAAUAAUACGAGGGGAUAAUAGACUUUCCAAAGCCAUGGUUCACAAUGGUUCUUUGCAUGUCACUCUUCUGGUGAUGCAUUUGCCCAGUGAAGCAGUAAUUGAUGAUGCAGUUGACGGUUUCUUGGAGAGUAAAGAUUUGAUUGAGGAACUGCUACAAGGAACACCCAUGAAUUUAUCUUUUCAAGGAACAGAUCACUUUAGAAAUCAAGUUGGAUUUGUGAAAUUGGCCAAGAGUAAUCAUGCAACCACACUUUUAAAGAUAGCAGAGAUUGUGAAGAAGAUACUGCAACAGAAGGGCAUCUUCAUAGGAGAUGACAAAGGUUUUAAGCCUCACUUGACCUUCAUGAAGUUGUCGAAAUCUCCGAAACUACGAAAACAGGGAGUGAAAAAAAUUGAUCCAACUUGGUUUGAAAGUUUUAAAAACCAUUAUUUUGGAGAUGAGUCCUUGAAGCGUCUAGAUCUUUGCUCCAUGUUGAAAAAAAAGCAACCCAAUGGCUACUAUCACUGUGAGUCGUCCAUCACAAUAGGAAAGAGCCAUGAAGCAGAUGUAAUAAAAGAAGCUUUACAGAAAGAACUGUUGGCCCUGUUGUCCAAAUUGAAUAAGAUAAAGGCAAUUCUAGCAAGUCCAGAGAUUCGGAGGACAAUACACAAGGAACUGCUUAUAAAGGGACUUGUCAGUGGCAGCAUCUGGGAAAGUACUUUGGAUUCUGCAUCUCUAGCCUCUUAUUUGUAAAUUAUUGGAGUGUGAAACUUUGUCUUCAUCUAUCUAAUUAAGCAUUUUAAAAUCAUAUUUGUACUGUUUUUACUGGGAGGAAAGGUGGGUCUCUAUCAAAAUGUUUGAAAGUAAUUUAAAAAAUAGGUUAUAUGCUACAUCAACACUCCUUCCUGGAACUGUUUGUGGAGAGGGGAACUUACUUGAUUCUACUUUUUCUUUUGUCAAGAGAGCACUGUUCUGAACUUUGUGUUCCUUCGCUGUACAUUACUGGCUACCAGGUUCUAAUAAUUUGUUCUAGAAUAUCUAAUUUCUCUGGGAACUCUUAUGGUUUUUACAUGCAUAGUUCCAGCCUGUGCAUUUAUUACUAACAUAACAUAUCAAAGUUCCCUGCAGUUAUAGUACAACGUUUUAUGACAUCUGGGGUGUGCAGAAAGCAAUAUGGGUGUGGCAAGAGGAAGAGAUAAAUCAUGUGUGGAAUUAAUGCAUGUCACAUAUCCUAUUCAUGAGUUAUUCCACUGCAUUGAUUACACUAUUCAUGCCGCUAUCCUGCCACUAGUAUACCUUGCAAAUUGCAGGGAAGAUUCGUGUUGGUUAAGUGUAAGUACUAUGAGAUUUGAGGUUAUCUCUAAAUCAACAUGGUGCAGACCUGAAAAAUAUCUCAGCACAAAUUAGCUCUAAGUAACUACUUCAGCAUUAUACUGAUUCCAAGUGACCACUCAAAUGUGUUCUUUCAGUGAAAUCUGUAAGAAUUAAAACAGUGUUUAACAGUGACCAGAAAUGCCUUCUUCAUAUACAUGCCCUUAAGUUCUGAUCCAUGACUCAUUGUUCUAUAGUAUAUUGUUUAUAUAGUUGUAAUGUUGUAAAGAAACCAAAUGAUUUUUCUGAAAUUAUUUUUAACUGUGCAGCAAAAAAGCUUUUUAUAUUAUUCUGUCUUUUCUCUAGAAGCUAUGGCAUUUUGUUUUGGCAAUCUUUACUUUUUAACAAACUACAAUUUAAAAUCAUAUGUAUAAAUGCCAGUAUUUGAUGUCUGCUAAUGUUUACAUGGAAAACAAAAUUGUUUAAAAAUUUCUCAGUAUUUAUUGCAGAAUCACAGAACACAAGAAUCUUUAUCUAAUCAUUUCUAAAGGUGUGCUUGUUUUUUAAUCUCUUAUUUCUUUUGCUUUUUCAUUUAUAUCAGUCCUAUGACUUUCAUAAGAUCCAGAGCUGCAAAAAAAAUUGCAUUGAAUUUCUUAAUUACUUUUGAACAUUGCGAAUGCUGUGUAAAUGUUACAUUUAUCGACUAAGAACAUGGAGGCAUAUUCUAGCAAAAUUAUGUAAACCACGUUUGUAUGCACAGAGGUCUAUUCCUAAUUUAUUUAUGGAAAUUUAUUUAUAUUUUAUCCUGAUGACCAUAAUCAGCAAGGAAGAUUUUCACAAUUUAUUAAAUUUCUGGAUUAAUACUGUGUGUCUUCAGCCAGUGACCAGUGAUUUUUUUGUUCUACCUGCACAACCAAGGAGACAGCAAAUCUCUUUUGAUUACUUAAUGACUCCUUUGACUUCUUUGGUGCUCUUAUGACUAUGGAUUAUUGUUGCUGUCUUUUGUAAAUUAUCAUAUAAUAAUAUAAUUGAAAUAGACCUAUAAGGCCAUUGAGUCCAAUCUCCUGUUUGA